GAAAAGAAAUCUAGAGGCAAUGGAGUACAAGCAUUUCAGCCACGAACACAACUUGUCUAUGUACCAAGUGCAACCGGGGCAACAACUUCGUUGCUCUGGCUGCGACAAGUUUUGUGAUAAAACUAUUUACGCGUGUUGGCAAUGCAAUUUCUUCCUUCAUGAACAUUGUGGGAAUGCCACUCGAUAUAUAAGACACCCUUUUCACGCCUCUCAUCCUCUCAUUCUUAGCCCAUACCCAACUUACCCCUCCAAUUGUUUCUUGUGUAAUGCUUGUGGUAUCAAUGGAACCAGGUUUUCAUAUUGUUGUGCAUUGUGUGAAGUUGAUCUACAUGUCAACUGUGCUUUCCUCCCCCCAAAGGUAACUCAUAAGGCUCAUCCACACGAGCUGAUCCUCAACCAUAGCACACAAUCUGCGGAUCACAACCAAGCCUGCAAAAUGUGUAGAAAGCCAUUGGAUUCAAAGCAUUGGUCAUACGAAUGUCGUGUAUGUGCAAACUAUGGGGUUCACACAUUGUGUGGGACAAGUGAGAUAAAAAUGGGUCUGUACCAAAUGGAUGAUGGAGACACGGAAUCUAGUAGCCAAGGUGCAGCAAAGGUUGAACAGGCUGCACCGACGGCUCAGCAAGCUCCAAGUGAUGGUCAGGCCCAGGUAGAACUAACAGCAGCAGAAGCUCUUGCACUUAUUCAUCUCAUGGGACUUACAAAUGCUGCUUCAUAUGUGUAACUGUUAUUUGUUAGUCUUUUGAAUAUGAUUGCAAGUCAAGAUAAAUCAUGCUUGCAUUUUCUUGAAAACAGAUAAUCGAUUCAGACAAGACCUUGGUUAAUGAUUUGUUAAAGUA